GUGAAUUCUGAUUGCUGGACACAAGAUCCCUAAAAAAUCGUUGUCUUCUUUUUUAAUCAAGGAUGCAAAACCUAACACCAGAUCAAUGGCGCGAGAUCAUGAACAAGAAGAUGCGGUUCCCUCCGGAGCUCAUCAGUGCCAUCCAGGAAGGGAAAAUCGAGUUGGUUUGCGGCCUGCUGAAGACCGGCGAUGGCAUCAUCCGUCAACUGGACGACUCCGAGGACCGCCUGUGGAGGGAGGCCCUCAACCUGUCCAUCCGCCUGGGCAGCGAGGGCGCCAUGGAUGCCCUCCUGCAAGGGGUCAAGUUUGACUUCCGCCAGAUUCACGAGGCUCUGCUCGUUGCCGUGGACACCAACCAGCCGCGGGUGGUCAAGCUCCUGCUGGACCGCUUGGACCAAGAGAAAGGUAACAAGAUGGACGUGCGUUCUUUCUCCCAGGCCAUAUUUGACCACUCCAUUGACAACUCCCAGUUUGCCCCCGGUGUGACCCCGCUGACUUUAGCUUGUCAGAAAGAUUUAUACGACAUCGUCACCAUGCUCACGCAAAAAGGCCACAUCAUCCCGUGGCCGCACAAAAUGUCCUGCGCGUGUCUGGAGUGUCGCAACGGCCGUCAGUAUGACCUGCUCAAGUUCUCCUUAUCCCGUAUCAACACCUACCGCGGCAUCGCCAGCCGCGCCUACCUCUCCAUCACCUCUGACGACGCUAUGCUCAGCGCCUUCAGUCUCAGCAGGGAGCUGCACAAGCUCUCUCGGAAGGAGCCGGAGUUCAAGCCACAGUACCUGAGCCUGGAGGAGCUUUGUCAAGAGUUUGCGGUGGAGUUGCUCGGCAUGUGUCGCAAUCAGAGUGAGGUGACCACCAUUCUGAACAGCUGUGGCGAUGAAAGCCAGGACGCCUUGGACGAGCAGGCCUUCGAGGAGGGAAUACCCAACCUGUCACGACUGCGACUUGCUGUCAACUACAACCAGAAGCAGUUUGUGGCCCACCCCAUCUGUCAGCAGGUGUUGUCGUCAAUCUGGUGCGGCAACCUGGCGGGAUGGAGAGGCAGCAAGACGGCCUGGAAGCUCCUCGUGUCUGUCGGGAUCUUUUUCACCAUGCCUUUCCUCUGCCUCGCCUACUGGAUUGCACCAAAGUCAAAGGUAGGAAAGAUCCUCAGGAUCCCUGUGAUCAAGUUUCUCCUUCACUCUGCAUCCUACCUGUGGUUCCUCAUCACGCUGCUCGGUGAAUCCAUCACCAUGGAGAUGUAUCGAGAUAAAUUUGCCUCGAGGCAGCAGAACAUCCUCCACAGCUCCUUCCACAUGGUGUGGGUGGUCGGCUUCUUUUGGUUCGAGUGCAAGGAAGUGUGGAUCGAGGGCCUGAGGAGUUACUUCCUGGACUGGUGGAACUGCUUGGACGUGAUGGUGCUCAGCAUGUACUUGGCCUCCUUCGCUUUGCGUUUGGUCAUCAUGCUUAAAGGACACUUCCUCUGUCUGGAUGAUGAUUGCACAGAGGAGUGUGUCUACUUCACCCAGACUGUGCGUGACGACUGGCGUCAGGAGGACCCCCAGCUGAUUGCCGAGGUUCUCUUUGCAGUCACCAGCAUGAUGAGCUUCACCAGGCUGGCCUACAUCCUCCCUGCUCACGAGUCCCUAGGAACGCUGCAAAUUUCCAUAGGGAAGAUGAUUGACGACAUGAUGAGAUUCAUGUUUAUCCUGAUGAUUAUCGGAACAGCCUUCCUCUGCGGUAUCAACAAUGUCUACGUCCCCUAUGUCAUCUCUCCGCAUCUUGGCAGGUUUAAUGAGACCUUCCACUUCCUCUUCUGGACAAUGUUCGGUGUGGCCAACCAGGACUAUGUGGACAUGCCACAGUUCGUCCUGGCCGAGUUUGUAGGACGCAUUCUGUAUGGCAUCUUCACACUCGUCAUAGUCAUCGUCUUGCUCAACAUGCUUAUUGCUAUGAUCACUAACUCCUUUCAGAAAAUUGAGGAUGAUGCUGACGUGGAGUGGAAGUUUGCCAGGUCAAAACUGUAUCUCAGUUACUUCAGAGAGGGCCUCACUAUGCCCGUCCCCUUCAACAUCAUCCCAUCCCCUAAAGCUUGCUUCUACAUCUUAAGAGGGAUCUUUUGGCGUGUCUGCUGCUGCUUUACAUGCAAUGCGGAGAAGAAAUACCCACCAAUAGCGUCACUGUACAACAAGAAGGGCUCUGAGGACAGCCAGCUACCGUACCGUCAGCAAGUGAUCAGAGCUCUGGUGCAGCGAUACAUCGAAUCAGCUCGCAGGGACUUUGAAGAGACCAAGAGGAAAGAUAUUGGUAAUCGAGUCACUGAGCUGAGCAAAGCCAUCAUGAGGAUGCACAAUGACCUGAAAGUGGUCCUUCAGCACAUGGUGGACGAAAGACCCCCUGCAGGUGAGGUUCUGUCCAAAGACGGCUCAUCUUUUCUGGGAAAAUACAUCAUUGGUGCCAAGAACAAUUUCCGAGGCUUUAACAGCCUUCUAGAUGAUAAAAGUAAAUCCCAGAAUGUAACCGUGCACCAACGGCAGGACCAGGAGGACAACUUAAAAGACGGAGGACAUGAUGAUAACAAUGAUGACGAUAAUAAUAAGGUUGACUGUGGAGGGCGGGAGUCAGACUGCGAUGUGGCAAAGAUGGAGGAAGGCAAAGGUCAGUUGCUCAAGGAAGCAAAAAACAAUGACAACCCUGACAAUAAAGCUACAGAGGGGACGACUGAUGAUGACAAAAAAGAAACCAUCUCCGAGAACUCCAAAGUCAGCAAUGAGAACGAGGUGAUCACGUGCAACCACGAGUCGAUGCCAGAGAACAAAAUGGAGGCUCCGUGGAUGAAAAGAUUUGAGCAAAAUACCAGCGAGAAAUGUGAUGGGAGUGACAAGACAGUGUGCCACAAAACGACUCCUUCACCCUCGGGCAGCAGCAGCUCACAAGACGCCGGCUUCGGUUCUCAGGAAGGGGACAGAUCCAUGGAUGGUACUUCUGGAGGAAGACGGUAGAAGGCCAUUCUUUUGUAGGUUCAUACAUAAUCACCACUAUAUGGACAGAAGUAUCGGGACACUUGGAUAGUCGGUCCUCAUCCUCUUUAACUCUCCUAGGACAGUGGUCGGCAACCCGCGGCUCCGGAGCCGCAUGCAAAUCUUUGGUCACUCCUAUGUGGCUCAGCUGCAUAAUCAACGACCCACCAAUUAUUUCGGGAGGUUUCCGGAGUUUGAUGCCCCUCCCGGGAAUCACUCGGGGACAACAUUCUCCGGUCUUCACCCGGUCUACAAUAUUGAGUGCUUGCCGUGAUGGAUUUACUUUUAACUUCCUCUUUAACAUGUCGUCGCGCCCACUUUUACACAAUGCUAUCUACUUGUCGGCCGGUCACAUGCUAUAUGCAGCUCUUGUCAACUCACGCACAUACCUGCAAGGCAUACUUGUUCAACAGCCAUACUAGGUUUCAAUAAGGGUUGUAAUGUAAACAACUUUAACACUCUUAUUAAUAUGCGCCACACUGUGAACCCACACUAUACAAGAAUGACAAACACAUUUCGGAAGAACAUCCGCACUGUAAGACAACAUAAACACAACAGUACAUAUACCCAUAAUCCCAUGCAUCCCUGACUCUUCCUGGCUAUGUUAUACACACCCGCUAGCACCAAACCCCGCCCACCUCAACCGACGCACGGAGGGGGUGGGGGGGUUUGGUUGCUAACGGGUGUGUAUAACAUGGCAGGAGUUUGGGGAAACCAUGGAGAACAACUUCCGGACGGCUUCAAAGCGAUUCUGGAUCACCAUCUGCCGCCUCCGGAGGGGGAAGCAGUGCAGUGUCAACGCCGCUGCAUUGAAGUUUGCCCAACCAGUCUAAUGUUCUUUGUGACUUGGAGAAGGUAUUUGACCAUGUCCCUUGGGGGGAGUAUGGGGGACUGGAACCCCUUAAUGUGGCGGUUCGUUCCCUGUAUGAUCCGUGUCAGAGCUUUGUCCGCAUUGCCGGUAGUAAAUCAGACUUGUUUCCAGUGACGAUUGGACUCCGCCAGGGUUGUCCUUUGUCACCAAUUCUGUUCAUAACUUUUAUGGACAGAAUUUCUAGAUGCAGUCAGGGCUCCAGUGUGGUGGCUGCAGGAUUAUGUCUCUGCUUUUUGCAGAUGAUGUGGUCCUGCUGGCUUCAUCUGACCAGGAUCUUCAACUCUCUCUGGAUUGGUUCGCGACCGAGUGUAAAGGGACUUGAAUGAAAAUCAGCACCUCCAAGUCCGAGGCCAUGGUUCUCACCCGGAAAAUGGACGAGCGCCAUCUCCGGAUUCGGGAGAAGAUCCCGCCCUAUGUGGAGGAGUUUAAGUACCUCGGAGACUUUUUCACGAGUAAGGGAAGUGUGGAUCGUGAGCUUGACAGACGAAUCGGUGCGGUGUGGAGGUGGGAAUCUUUGGGCACCUCACGAUUCGAUUACAAUUCAGAAGCUACAAUUUGAUUAAAAUCAGUUAUUGGUGCAUCUUCAAUUUAUAUAUUGAUGCAGUUUUACAUUUCUUUUAGUUACACUCAAUAAGCGUUUAUCACUUGCAACUUUAAAAAACGGUGCAUUUGUAAUAAGAAACAGUUAAAUUAAUUCUCACAUUUAUUAAAUUAAUAAAAAUGUUUGCAAAACUGGAACAUAAGUGCCCUAAAAUAAAUGAGCUGGUUUGAUGUCUCAGUGAGGUGGCUCGCUGCAUUCAGAAACAUUUUAGAACAGUCUGCAUUAAUUAAAUCGAUUAGCGAUUAUCGACGUUUACCAAUCGUUAUCACAAUCGUCCAUGUCAGAAUUGCAAUGCAUCUAAAAAUCGAUUAUUUCUCCCACCUCUGGCGGAACUUGUAUCAAUCACUCGUGGUAAAGAAGGAGCUGAGCCAGAAGACAAAGCUCUCAAUUUACCGAUCUACAUUCUCAUCCUCACUCAGAGGUGAGUGAGGAUAUGUUUCCUCUGUCGGCUGGCGGGGCUCUCGCUUAGAGGUAGGGUGAGAAGUUCUCUCAUCCGUGAGGAUCUCAAAAUAAAGGCGCUGCUCCCCCACAUUGAGAGGAGCCAAAUGACCGCUUCAGUUCUCUUGGGAGGCUGACCCCAACACCGAUCGGCAACAGCACACAAAUGUUGAUGCCCUGACAUGGCACCCCUAUUGUGGUUCAACGGGUGCUCCUGCCCUGGUUAAUGUUGUUGACGCACAUCCGGCGUCAAGUGAUAUGUCUUCGCAGAGUACAGUCCCUCCGCCUGCUGAGUCUGGCGUUGGAGGACUGCAUAUGCAAGUACUUUUUGUAUGACACGGGUGCUUUAACAAUGCAGCAGCAGAAUGAUCCAGAUAUUACCAUUGUGUUGGAUUGGAUCAAGCAUUGGGGCAUCUGAAAAGGCCGCGCCAGGUGGCUUCGGAAGCUUUGGACCGAAUUCCCUCGGUUGUCAGUAGUGAAGGGACUCCUAGGCAAAACGAUGAACUCCUCCCCCCUGGGAAAAGUUCAUCAAGUAGUGGUACCUUCAUCUCUGGUCCAGAAUGUUCUGUCUCAAUUACAUGGGGGCCCUCUUUCCGCACAUUUUUUCAGCAGAAGGUGUGGGAGUGUGUUAAACAACAUUGCUAUUGGCCCUCCAUGCUCAAAGACAUCCGCCUGUGGUGUGAGCGAUGUGUCCCAUGUCAAGGUCUGAGCGCGGUACCCAAACAUUGUGCUCCGAUGGGGGGUAUGCAAGAUGUUCGCUCUUUACAGAUAAUGGCUAUGGACAUUUUGGAGCUUCCAGUGACAUCUAGAGGGAAUAGAUAUGUACUGGUCAUUGAGGACUAGUUUUCUAAAUGUGUUGAUCUGUAUGCUUUAUCCAACAAAACUGCCCAAUCGGUGGCUCAGUGUCUGUUUGAGGAUUAUGUGUUGCUACAUGGCAAUCCAGAGACUAUACAUAGGGAUUAGGGCAGGCAGUUUGAGGCUGAGAUUGUGCAAACAUUUUGUGCUGCUCAACAUUAAGAAUAAUCGCACGACACCAUAUAAACCCAAAUCCGACGGCGUGGUGGAGCGCUUUAAUCGUCCUCUCAUUGAUCAGCUAGCCAAGACGUUGUUGGUUCGUAGGGGUGAACAGGAUGAUUAUUUGAAACAUGGUGUUUGCGUACGUCACCGGUUACACUCCCUACUUUCUCACUCGUGGUAGGAAGCACGAGUCCCUGUUGAUGUGUUAGUGUCGAAAGGAAACGAUCAUUCUGAUUUGUCCUUCCCUCAUGCCGACUUUAGCGCUUCAAUGGUUCACCGUUUAGAUAUUGAAAUUGGCUCCCCAUUGGAGGGGCCCUUUUAAGAUUUCCUUCUGACAAUGAGGCAGGCCUCGUCGAUCGCAUUAUUGACCCUCUGGCUGAUGAUGGACGUGCACGGGUUGUUCAUCAUGAUAGUUUAAAACCCUAUGUCAGUGGUCUGGUUCCCAGAAAACCCAUCACGGUCUCACCCUUGCCCCAGUCCUAAAGUACCUUCACUGCAUGAAGACUGACCUAAUGGAGGUCCUCUGGAGAAGUGUGCAGUGGGUUUGCAGUCAAAAGAACCGCCUAGCUCAGAGGAACUCCAAUAGGUUUCAGAAAAGCUAGAUGUAGUUUUUGGUGGCAACACGGGGGGAACUUUAUUUACCUGGGUAAAUAAAGUAAGUGGGGAAGUUCCUGCGGUGAAAAUGUGGCCUAUUGUGAACUAUUAAUAAGAUACUACUUUGUUGAUGCAUCUUAGGCAGCAAUUACAGCUUUUAGUAAACAAUAAAUAAGAUUGAUUAAAGAAAGGUGAUGAACUCAAGGGAAUAUAAUACAUUUAAAUCAGAAGUUAAACACUUUUAGACUUUAAAAGACUAUCAAAUACACCAUGAGCCAAAUUACCAAACCCUGAUAAAGGAAGUACAGUCACAAACCAAAUUACUAAUUGCUCCUUAAAUUAUCCUGUUGAAGGUUUUCAGGUUUGACACUAUAUGAUAUGAAUAUGUAUUUAUAUACGCUCAAUGUAUGUUUUGGACAUUGCAUUUUCUUUUCAUGAAUGGGAAUUGGAAAAACAAAAAACAAGAGGUUUAUUAGAAUUUUAGUUUGUCUUUACAAAGCAACUUCCACUUAUAUCAUCUGGAAUAAUAACAAAGCAUGUUUCUGUUGACUGAGGAUUUUCCUUUUUGUUACAUGAAAUAUAAAAGAGGGGCUUCACGGUGGAGUUUGCAUGUUCUCCCCGUGAAUGCGUGGGUUCCCUCCGGGUACUCCGGCUUCCUCCCACUUCCAAAGGCAUGCACCUGGGGAUAGGUUGAUUGGCAACACUAAAUUGGCCCUAGUGUGUGAAUGUGAGUGUGAAUGUUGUCUGUCUAUCUGUGUUGGCCCUGUGAUGAGGUGGCGACUUGUCCAGGGUGUACUCCGCCUUCCGCCCGAUUGUAGCUGAGAUAGGCACCAGCGCCCCCCGCGACCCCAAAGGGAAUAAGCGGUAGGAAAUGGAUGGAUGGAUGGAAAUAUAAAAUAAAAAGCAACACGUUUUUUUAAUGUGGUUAACACUGUUAAUUGUAUUUGUGUUUAAAAUAAUGUGUGUCAAAUUCUAAUAAACUAUUCGUUUUUAGUUUUCCAAUUCCCAUUCAUGAGAAAAAUUCAAUGACCAAAACAUACACUGACCUGAGUAAAUAUAUAUUCAUAUUAUAUUGUCAAAUAUGGCAUCUGAAAGCCUUCUAAAGGUCAUGUAAGAAGCAAUGAGUAAUAUGGUUUAGUAAUUUCAGUACAAAGCAGUAGGAAAUGGAUGGAUGGAUGGAUGUUUCAUUUCUGCUAAAUGAAAACUGUUUCAGAUCUGGUUAUUGCACUAAAAGAAUACGUUUUUCAAUAUUUGAAAACAAAAUUCCAGAUAAACCAAUUGUUUUUCCCCACAUAAUUAGAAUUUAUGAAAUGAAAAUAUUAACAACCAAAACACACACUGACCAUUUAGCCCAGUCAAACGUCACACUGAUUUUUUUCAAAAGUCAUCAUUAAAAUGAGGGAAAGCUUCAUAUUUUUGUCCAUCAGCUUCUUGUGUCGAUCAUUUGUCAGAGAAAACAAACACUGCCGGUCUAACGUUUUCCAGCAUGUCUUAUCGCCUGUAAAAAUGUAUCCGUUUCCAUGACUUUUUUGCUUUGGGUUUGUAGAACAGCCCUUUAUAUGUCAUUUCUAAUUUAAUGCCUAAUAAAAAUGUCUCACUUUGUCAACAGUAAAUGCAGCAAAUGCUGCCACAGUCCAACAGUGCAGGUCUCAGCUUGCUUCACACAUUCUGCUCCCAUGAGGCGUCCUCUAUGAACACAGCGCUUCAUUAAUUUGUCACCUCGCACGUCCCUUCGGCACAAUGCUUCCAACUAUUCAACUGGAAAAAGUGCACAUAACGCCCUGUUUGGCUGUCUUGUCACUAAAAUGGCAUUGGGUGUAGUUUCUAUGGCAACCGUAGCACUUGAUAGAAUUCCUGACGUUUAUUUGCUGCUGCAACACACAAAUGGAAAAACAGCUAAGCAACUUCUGCAGAGACAAUAAUAUACAUAACGGAAAAAAAUAUGAAUUACAUUACUGCAUGAGGUAACACACAUGUA